AUGGCGGCAGAUGCACCAACAUAUCGAACGCUCGUCACAAGCUUUACAGACUUCCUCACUGUCGCAAUCCAUACUAUCCUGUACGAGCGAGCGAUCUACCCGGAAACAUCGUUCCUCUUAGCGCGGAAAUACAACUUUCCAGUGCGCCAAAACCGGCACCCAAAAGUAUGUGAAUGGAUCAAUGAUGCUGUCGCAGCAGUCGAGAACGAGCUACUUAAGUGCACCGUGAAGCAUAUUGCUGUCGUGAUCUACACCCCACAAAACCAGCCUCUGGAACGAUACGUCUUCGAUGUCUCCCGCUUCCCAUCCCUCAGUGCCAAGGACGUGGACCUUCCGAUGCAACGACUAGCAAAUGGCGAGAGUAUGCCUGUUCUUCCAAAAGUGGACAUGGAGGAGCAGUUCCGCGCCACUAUGAGCAAGCUGACCAACUGCGGUACCAAGCUGAAACCGUUACCCGACGCCUGUACGUUUACCAUAGCAAUCGAACUGAAAGUCGACAGAGAGGCACCCGUCAGUCAUCCGCAGCCCUGGGUGCCUGUUCAGCCGCGGCUUGAUGAUGAUGAGAAAGAGGUGUCGAAGUCGGCAAAGGCCUUGCCUGUACGAGCUGUUGCCGCCGGUGAGAUGGUAUUUGAGACCUGGAUCGAAGAGACCAACUGGAAACCUGUGGAGAGCAGCACACCCGACAGUGAUUCAGUAGGUACUCCAAAAAGCUAG